AUGUCAGAGAAGCUCAAGGAACGCAAAACCACCCCUGUUUCCCACAAAGUGAUAGAGAAGCGGAGAAGGGACCGGAUUAACCGCUGCUUGAACGAAUUGGGCAAGACGGUGCCCAUGGCGCUGGCGAAACAGAGUUCCGGGAAGCUGGAGAAGGCGGAGAUCCUCGAGAUGACGGUUCAGUACCUUCGGGCUCUGCACUCGGCAGAUUUCCCCAGAGGACGCGAGAAAGAACUUCUCGCGGAGUUUGCCAACUACUUCCACUACGGCUAUCACGAGUGCAUGAAGAACCUGGUGCAUUAUCUCACCACGGUGGAGCGGAUGGAGACCAAGGACACCAAGUACGCGCGCAUCCUCGCCUUCCUGCAGUCCAAGGCCCGCCUGGGCGCCGAGCCCGCCUUCCAGCCGCUGGCCACGCUCCCGGAGCCCGAUCUCUCCUACCAGCUGCACCCAGCGGGGCCAGACCUCGGAGGCCACUGCCCGGGAGAGGCCCCCGCGUUUCCCCAAGGCGCGGCCGCCGGGCCUUUCCCCUGGCAGCACGGCGCGGCGCGCAGCCCGUUGACUUACCUGCCCAGCGCUCCCGUGCCCCUCCCGAGCCCUGCGCAGCAGCCAGGCCCCUUUCUGCCACCCGUGCAGGGCUUGGACCGGCACUACCUCAACCUGAUCGGCCACGCCCACCCCGGCGCUCUCAACCUGCACGCCCCCCAGCACCCCCAGGUGCUCUGA